GCUGCGCAGUGCGCAUUUAUUGCCAAGUAUAAUCGCGGAUGGCGAUAAAAGAAUGGAAUUAAAGAGGAAUCGUAAAGUCCUACCGUCAGGCAUGCCGCCGAGCCCAUGGACUUCGAUGUUUAGAGCUAUGUCCGACUAUCCCCGUAGGCUCCCCGAAUGAAGUCGGAUGUUCCGAAGAGCAGCGAAAUCGCAGAUGAGUCCUUUCUACUGCCUCGUUCAUGACCAGCUGCAAAAAUCUCACUACCUGUGCAUAUAAAGGUAUCAGGAAGAGCAUGUCGCUUCCUUCUUCACACUGGAAUUGUUGUUCAAAUCAAACAUGCCUCCAACUGUCUUCAUCACUGGCGUGUCCUCUGGCCUGGGCCUGACACUGGCCUCGUACGCGCUGAAACAGGGUGCAAUCGUCCUCGGGACGGUGCGCAACCCGCAGCGUGCCUCCUCCGCGCUCUCGCAGCUCUCGUCCAUCUCGUCCAACUUUUACCCCAUCACACUCGACGUAACUGACCUGGCUCGCAUCCCCACCGUCGCGGAUCAAGCCAUCAAAGACCACGGACCUAUCGAUGUCUUGAUAAACAAUGCCGGCUAUUCAGUCAUUGGCCCACUCGAGCACAUCACCUCCGAACAGGCGAAGCAGCAGAUGGAGACUAAUUACUUCGGCCCCUUGGCGCUCAUACAAGCCAUGCUACCACACUUCCGGGCACGGAGGACCGGCACUAUCAUCAACGUCUCGUCCGUCGCGGGGCUUAACGGUCUACCUUCGUGUGGCCUUUAUGCUGCAUCGAAGUUCGCGCUUGAAGGCACCUCCGAAGCGAUUGCGGCCGAACUGGCACCACUAGGCAUUCGCACGAUCAUCGUCGAGCCUGGAGGCUUCCGCACCGACUUUCUCACCUCGACCAACAUGGUGCUCGCCAACAAAGGUGAGGGCUGGGCGGAAGAGUACAGGGGCGAUAACCCGGCGCAAGCGGUUCUCCAGAAACUUCAGAGCUGGAGUGGCAAGCAACCUGGUGACCCGAAGAAAGCAGCCCACGCACUUUGGGACGUGAUUACCGACACGGGAAUGGGCGCGGAGCUGAAGGAGAAGGGCAGAGACGGAAAAGUGAUGAGGGUGUUGUUAGGAAGUGACAGCCUGGGGAGACUGAAGAGUGCCAUCGAUAUGCGACAGGAUGCGAUGCAGUACUCAGAGGCUGUGGCUAAGAGCUGUGAUUAUUGAGUAAAUCGCGCAACAUACCUUGCAUGCGAAAAUCUUUACUCGAUUCUCCCAUCGUCUAUCUUUCAUACCACAGUGUGCCCAGGUGCUACCUAGAUCUGCGCACCCGUGCCUACACAUGCGCAUCUGCAUCUGCGAUCUGCAUUCAGCCCUGUACCACCCACGACGUCAUACCCUACGAUCACGGUUCACCCAGCCAGCCAACCAGCCACUGCCACCU